UACAUGAGGCUGCGUGCGAGAUUGAGCCUCUGGGAUGUGUCACGAGAGCCUAUUGCUCACGCUGUGUUGUUACUAAGUGGAUGUCACUAUCCCGCUAGGAGUAAUAGUCUCGGUCGCGUGUUGCUGUUCUCUUUUUUUAUUUCCCGCGUGGUUUUUUGUUAGCGACACGAACUUGUUAUCGUAUUAUUUGAUUUUUUUAACGGACUUAAUAUCAUAAUCCAAUAGCACUAGCUUAUUGUAGAGUGUGCUUGUGGACACACAGCUGUGUAACGUAUCACCUAGGUGACUGUCCUGUGAACUAUUAACUUUCUCUUAAUAAUAGCUGUUAGUAUUGACAGCACAGUAUACAAUACAGUAGCACUGUGUCAAAUAUGUUAACACGUGUGUACAUUUUAUUAAAUUGACUGUAAAAACGGUCAGGCAGAACAAGAUAAAGAAGUCGGUAAAACGUUGCUUCAUUUGUUUAAUAUGUUGAAAAACAUAUAGCUGUGAGUGGCAAAAAAAAUCAUAUCGUUCGUUUAGAAUUUUUUAUUUCUCUGAACCUUCUAAAUUAGGGAUUAAAAACGUUGCUGUAAUAAGAAAAAACAAACUAGGAAGACUGAACAAAACAAAAAAACCACUGGUGACGCUUUCAACAAUGGCGCAGAUGUUUGAUCACUACCUGUUUCGGGCAUCAAACAAUUUUGAUCUUCAGACUCUAAACCUCCAGGAUUCCAAUCAAAAUCCUGCGAACUUCGUGUCUGUUGACCAGACUUUCCAUACUCCGAGUUUUGGGGACGAAGAAUUUGGUAUUCCAACAUUGAGCAUGCCAUCUAGUGAUGGAAACGGGAAUACUGGGGACAUCUUUGAAAGUCAGGCACUCUCACUUGCCCAAGCACAAAGUCAGGGAAUGACCAUAGUGAUGACGUCUUCUCCUUCUACUACAGUUGCUCCCCAAGGAAUAGUGGAAAGUCCCACGGUCCAAUAUCCAGGACAUAACAUGGAUGAAAUGUACUUGCCUCAGAUGAGAGAGAUCCAACCUGGAGGUCGGAUGGAGAUGCAAAACAUCCAAAUGCUUGCUCAUUCCUAUGAGAACCGCCCGAGUAGCUAUGAUCAAAUGCAACAACGACAGUCACAAAUGCAGACCAUGCCCCCACCUCAGGUACCAGAUCCACUGUCAACACAGCCUUCUGUAAUAAACGGACAUGCUUCUCUGCUUACAACUAUAAGUCAGACACAACUGAUGACACAACUGGGUAUGAAAGCUCCUUUAGGAAUGGCCAGACAGCAAGGUCCCGGAUCUAUGGGGAGCUCUCCUGGAUCCAAUCAUACUUCUCCAGGACAGGAAACCAGCGAAGACAGCGACGAUAGCAUUCCAUUGCUAAUGGGUGGAGUGAAAAGACCAUCACCAGAGCCUGUAGAACCUGUUAGCAACACCAAGUCAAGCAAAAAACCCAAAGUUCCGAAGAAGAAGAAAAAGAAAGACCCUAAUGAACCGCAAAAGCCUGUGUCUGCUUACGCCCUCUUCUUCAGAGAUACCCAGGCUGCUAUCAAAGGACAGAAUCCAAAUGCUAGUUUUGGAGAAGUUUCCAAGAUUGUCGCGUCGAUGUGGGAUAGUUUAGACGUAGACCACAAGAACGUCUAUAAAAAAAAGACAGAAGCUGCAAAGAAAGAGUAUUUGAAAGCCCUUGCUGCUUACAAAGCUAGUUUGGUUUCCAGGGCUGGAGCAGAACAAUCAGACUUGUACAGCAACCCGUCUGUCAGCUCUACAACUCCAAUGACAACAGUAGCUUACAGUGGUCACUCACCCCCAUCUCUCUCACCACUGCAGAAAAAAUCCCCUCUGUUGACCUCCCUCAUGGAAGGAUCAACAGCCUCCGUUGUAAUGACACAACCCCAGGCCCCUCUUGUUGCAAGUCAGGUAUGGACUCAGGCUCCUCAACAGCAUAUAGUCCAAGGAGCUCCCCUUAUUCUUCAACAACAAGGUCAAAUUCUUCAGAUCCAUAACCAUCAGAUGGCACCACUUGCUACAGCCUACAAUCAGAACAUGCAAGGAGCUCAGUUGGUUAGUGACCAGACAAUGCAUGUGUCCCAGAACAUGGGUCAACAGCCACAAAUCCAACAGACCUGUCUACGCAAUGGGUGUCCUAAUCCAGCCAUUGAGUCACCAGACUGGGAUAAAGAAUAUUGUAGUAAUGAAUGUGUUGUUUCACACUGCAGAGAUGUCUUCACAGCCUGGGUGGCAUCAAGACAAGCAUCAAACAGUUUUACCCAAGUGAAAUAAACAAGAAGUUUAAAAGACCAGUUGUGACAGUAUGGGAGCAGUUAAGCGCACAGGCUGAAAGAAUGUCAAAUAAGACAACUGACUAUGUGAUGUGCAGGACCAUUCAGUAUUCAAUAGAUGGAUACAUGGUAUGUCUUUACCCUAAGGUUAGUAGUUACAGAAAGUUUGUAACUCCCCUUUAAUGAUACAGAAAGAAAUAACUUUAUAAAUGUAUACAACAAAAACCUUUUGAUCAACCCAAUAAAGGCUGUUAAGCUAGUUUUUUAAGUCAACAUCAUAAUGUAACUAAGAUGGGAAAACAUAUGUAGCACUGGAGAAAGCUUAAACAAUAAUAGUCUAUCAUAAAAAUAUUGUUACAAUUAAAGGAAACUUGGUUGUAGAGUGGCCUACACAUGAAAUACUUCCACACUGUUACAUGUGGUCAAAACAUAUCUAAAUAAAAAAAAAAAACUUAAAUAUGUAUAUUGUAUAUUUUGACUUUGCAUCUUGGUGUAGGAGUAUGUGUGAAAUUGCAUAACCACUUGGGACAUGUCUCAUUAAAAUUACAAGCACUUUUCACCGAUGUUGUAUUGAUUCAUUGUGUAGUAAUGGGAAUAAUACUACUUAGAUCUUUGUGUAAUUUUUUAUGCCUACAGCUGAAUAGGAAAAUUAUUUUGUAAUUUGUUUAAAAAAAAAAAGAUUAAAAGUUCCAUAUCAAAAUAAUGAAUUUGACAAAUUUUAGGUUAAAAAUAAGUGUUUACAAUAUAAAAAUAAUGCAGAUAUUUGGUGUUGAAUAACUAGGUCAUAUCACGGGAUACACAUACAAUAAUGGAAUUAAUGAAAUUUCAUUAUUUUCUAUAAACAGUUUGGCAGAAUAUGUAUAGGAAACAAUUCCAGUUGUUGCCAUUAAUUGUAUAAAAUGUUUUGAAUUAUUAUUAGUAUACAUGUAAAUAUUUGAAAUAGUGUUGCUUAGAAAAAAAUUGUCUUGAGUGCACUGUGCAAAAAACAGUUUUGAAUAUUGUAUUCCAAUUGCAUUUACAUCUGUGUUACUUAUUUAAAUGAGAAUAAACUUAAAAAAAGGAA